AUGAGUAAAAUUGAGCAACGUCUCGCAACAAUACCUCAGGGAGAAGCGGCUGUUUGCAGUACUGUUCGAGACAAAAGCGCAUCAGGACGGAGGGAUGAAAAAAAAGAACUAAUCGAAGGAAGAGUUGAGCCGGAAAUGAACGCACGAACAACCUCAAUGGGUAGGUAA